AAGAUUAUCAACAUAAAGACGGACAACCAUGAUUUUCAUUAAGAACAACGUAGAAUUCAAAAAUUGCAGAUUUUACCGUCAAAAGUGCCAAACUUGGAUGUAAUCAAUCAUAAACAGAGUCUUUUGCGAAGCUGAUUUCCUGUUAAUCUUGGAGGAGAAAGUAAUGGCUACAUCAGCGUCGCCGCAGCAGCCUGGUGGUGCAGUGGUGGCGGAGAGGAGAGGAAUCCCGGCGGCUUCAUUCGUAGAGGAUGUGCAAAUUUAUCUAAAUCAAUUAGGUCUUGAUGUCAACUCUACUCUCGCCUUCCUCCAAGAAAGACUUCAGCAGUACAAGGUGGUUGAGAUGAAACUUCUUGCUCAACAGAGGGAUCUUCAGGCAAAGAUUCCAGACAUCGAGAAAUGCUUGGAUGUAGUUGCUACUUUACAAGCUAAGAAGGGUACCGGUGAGGCAUUGCUUACUGAUUUUGAAGCAUCAGAAGGCAUCUAUUCUCGAGCUCGAGUGGAGGAUAUUGAUUCAGUGUGCUUGUGGUUGGGGGCAAACGUAAUGCUUGAGUAUUCUUGUGAAGAGGCCACUUCUCUUCUACGGAAGAACUUGGAAAAUGCAAAAGCCAGUUUGGAAGUUUUAAUUGCUGAUUUACAAUUCUUACGAGAUCAAGUCACAAUAACUCAGGUUACAAUUGCUCGGGUGUACAACUGGGAUGUUCAUCAACGAAGAGUUAGACAAGCUUUGGCCUCCCAAGAUUCAUAGAAAGGAUAACGUCUUAAAACGUAUAUUGCUUCUGAGAAGUGAUCGUAUUAGGUUAGUUGUUUCUUUCUAGCCAUUUUCAUUGAGUUUUGAUCUCAUUUCAUGUUCUUGGUUCAGCAUGCAUUGUGUAGAUUAAUGUUGCUUUACUUCAAAAAGCUUUGUUAUGUUUUUUUAACUUUUAAGGUUUGAGUUAUAACGGAACUAAGCCCUAAUCAUUAGUUAGCAAACCGCUCAGAUUGAGCAGCAUCGAACUCUUUGGCAAAUUUUGUUUUGUUU